GCGCAAAAUUAAACUGUGUGGCGGGGAAUCACAGUAAACAAACUUCCUAUUUAGCGGGUAAACACUCUGCUGAUGCACACUUUUACUGACAGGAAGCUUUUAAAUCCCGAACUAGAGGAUGGUCGAAGGUCCGGGAUGCACUUUGAACGGAGAGAAAAUCCGCGCAAAAGUCCAGAAAGGGCAGAAAGUGAAGGAGAUGAGGGGAAGUUUGAUAACUACGAAGAGAAGCAGCUCGGAGGGAAGUGUCUUCCACAGCCUGACUGGCUGUCAGUACACCGGGGUGGAAACUCUGGGGAAGGAGCUCUUCAUGUACUUUGGUGCGAGAGCGUUGAGAGUGCACUUCGGUAUGAAUGGAUCAAUGCGUAUAAACCCUGCUGAGAGGAAGGAUAGGACCGGCUCCACACCGGUGCUGCAGAUACACCUGACUAAUGACAUUGUGUGCUUCUUUGACAGCACAGUGGAAAUAAGGUUGACAGAGGACUGUGAACAAAGGGUGAGGGCUAGUGAGAGUCUGGAUGUCUGCUCCCCCAAGUUCAGCCUCUCCCGCUCUGAGGAGGCAGUGAGGAGCCAGAGGAGCAGGAUGCUCUGUGACGUUCUCCUAGACCAGGCCGUCAUGCCGGGUGUUGGCAACAUCAUUAAAAACGAAGCCCUGUUCGACUCGGGCCUCCACCCAGCCGUGAAGGUUCAGCAGCUGACGGACAAGCAGAUAUUCCACUUAGUGAAGAUGACGCGGGAUUUCACUCUUCUGUUUUACAAGUGUCGCAAAUCUGGCUCUCCUCUCUACAAACAUUACAAAGUCUACAAGCGUCCCCAGUGCGGCCAGUGCUUUCAUGUCAUCACAGUCUGUCGUCUUGGAGACAACGGCAGGAUGACUUACUUCUGCGAGUGCUGUCAGAAGGAAGAUCCCAGCGGGGUUGACAUCAGUAAGCUCCCAGUCAGAAACAGCCUGAUUGGCUGGGCCUACAAUGAGAAAACCAAUGAUAACGUGGCUAAGAAGGAGGAAGAAGACUGGGCCUGUCAGCUCUGCACACUCAUCAACCAGCCAGCAGCAAAAGCCUGUGAUGCUUGCCUCACUCCGAGACCUGAGGUCCACAAAGACGACAUUAGCGCUGAAGCAUCACCCUUCACCACUGAUUUGAUUAAAUACCCCUGCACCGCUUUCAAGAAGCCACAAGAGGAGCUCAAAGUCAACUGGAGGUCUGCAUUCGGGACUUCCACCCUUGUUUUCUCCGACUUGAGCAAGAAGCCAAAGCCUGUAAACUCCCCGCUCUCCCCAGCCGACAGUCAUUUGAAUUCCUUGGCGGCAGAGCAAGGUUUAUAUAAAUACAGCGUCUGCCAAGGGACAACAAGCCCCAAUUAUGCCUCUGGUGGCUGGCAGAGGCAAAGUGCCGAGCUCUCCAAUAGGGAAUCACUGGCCUCCUACAGUCACCCACAAAAGAAAAUGAGAAUUGAUCACAGUCCCUUUCCCAGUAACAAUGCUCAAAAUGGAACCCCCAACUCACGUGCGAGCAAAAUGGAUGCGACAAGCCGCAGCUCCUUCAUUUCUUCCAGUCCCAGCGCUCCAUGUUGUGCAUCCCAUCGUCGUCCAGCUGUCCUCAGAGUGGUCCACAAGGACGGGGAGAAUAAGGGACGACAGUUUUACUCCUGCUCUCUACCCAGAGAGACCAAGUGCAACUUCUUUGAGUGGGCAGACUUGAAGUUCCCCUUUUGUCACCACGGGAAACGCUGUUUAAUGAGGACGGUGCUGAAACUUGGUCCUAACAAUGGCCGGAAUUUCUACACCUGCAGCUUUCAAAAGGGUAAACAGUGUGACUUUUUCCAGUGGGCAGAUAAUGGACCAGGGGUGUCCAUCCUCCCUGGCUGUUAAAGUGUUUUCACAAUGCAUUACUUGGAGGUUAAACCCUGAUGCAAUGCGUAUGUGUUCAUGUAAUUAAAUGGAUGUAGAUCAAAUGGAAACAUACAUUUAAAGGUCUGGUGUGUGGGGUUUAAGGGGAUCUUCUGGUAGAAAUAGAAUACAGUGUUUACAAUUAUGUUUUUCUUAGUUUAUAACCACCUGAAAAUAAGAGUUGUCAUGUUUUCAUUGCCUUAGAAUUCAUCUUUUAUAUGUAAGAUAGAGUCUGCCAUUUUUCUACAGUGGCCCAGUACCGA